UUUUAUUUCUUACACCUUUGUUGGCUUGCUUGCUUGGGAGCCAACAGGGUUAGGGUCAAGAUUCAUCAACCGUCGCGCUUUCGCCCCUGACGUCGCCGAUUUCUCCAAAGAUUUGGGUUGGGUGGGUUGCUUAUCUCCGAAGUCCAUCAAGCCCAUCCAUAACAUCCCGUCAAUCGUCCAUAUUCGUCCAUACCUACCUACCUUAGUACCAAACUGCCCACUCAACUAGCACAAAGCUGCGACCCAUAAUGUCUGCAACCAGCCAGGUUUUCAAGGGCCAACCGGCCCAGCAAGUCAAAUCUUUGUACCGCCAGCUCCUCAGGCAAAGCAACCAGUUCCCAGCCUACAACUUCCGCGAGUACGCCCGGAGGAGGACGCGCGAUGCUUUCCGCGACAGCAAGGACGUCAAGGACGCGGGGCGGAUCGAGGAGCUGUACCAGCAGGGCUUGAAGGACCUUCAGGUCAUGAAGAGGCAAACGGUUCUGGGACAGUUCUAUCAGCUCGACAGGCUGGUUAUUGAGAACGGCAUCUCGGGCAAGGACAAAGGCGAUGGGAACGAGAUAAUCCGAGAGAAGCCUCAAGGCACUCUACGAAGGAACAAAGCCGACGUGUGUAUUGACAGUAAAGAGGGGUUAGAAGCGCAUAUGCUGCUGAAUGAGAUACUGCUCAAGAUGGGCAGGGCUUUUGAGGGCUCUACAGGUCGCAUGGGUGUUGGACGAUUAUUCGAAGCAUUGCAUGCCGAGAUGUCAGACUUUCGACCUUUGCAGUUCAGGUCUAUCCUCAUAGAGCAUUGUUUGACCAUGGCGCCAGGCACGCGUCGCGGCAACCGAUCAGGGUACCCCGAACACGAUGAUUUUGAGGGCCUCCCCGUGCGCCAGUGGCGCCAGGAGUGGGUGACGGUCGCGCCCGCCGCCCAGGUCGAGGCGCAUCACGAGAACGACAUUUGGGCCCGCGAGCUGCCGUACGGCAUGCCCAAGGACUCGCAACUGCUGGCGCCGCACUCGCUCGAGCUGCUACGCGCCGCCCGCUCCGGCCGGCUCUAUAAGCGUCCCGCUCCUGCCGACGACGACGACGCAGAUCUCGACGCCGGCCCGGACAAGGCCGACAAGAAGGAGGAUGUCAGCGCAAAAGGCUACAGCGUCAAGGUGUGGAAGCAGGUUCCCCGCAACGCCGAGGGCGCCACAAUAUCCUACCUCGCCAAGCGGCGCAAGAACACUGUUACGUUGAAGCCCAAGGCCGAGGUGUUGCAGUCGACGGGGUCGUCCAUUACGCGAGCGACGGUCCGGCGCGUCGACGCGGCCGGCAACCCCUACGAGCAGACCAUUACCCUCACCGAGGGCCAGCCAGUGGACGGUGAGAUCAUAUCCACCAGCGUCGUGCCCAUGCCUGCUGUCGAGGCUGCGCUGCCCGCACAGCAGACCACGCCGGUACGGAGGAAACCGCCACCGCCUAGGAGAAAGCCCAAGGGACCUGGCCGAGGGAGAAAGAAGGGCAGGUUGCCGCUGCCCGCGAGCACGAGGCCGCCUUCCAGUGUCGAGACUGCCGGAGGGGCUGGCGCUGCUACCUCUACUGCUACCGGCGGCGUUGGAUCUACCGCUACCGCUCCUCUGGACGGUCAAGCAGCUCAAGCUAACUCAACUCAAACUCAAACUUCAAAUGGGGUCGAUGGUGCCCAGGGUGAUCCUAUGGAUCAAUCUGCGCACCCAUCAGAUGAUGAAGACGGGGAUGAAGGGGAUGAUGGAGACGAGGGCGACGAGGGUGACGGUGAUAUCGAGAUGGAGGGUACUAGUGAUAUCGACCGGGCUUCAGAACCCAUAGAAAACAUGCCAAACUCGCAACCACAACCCAAUGAAAAGAGGGACGAAGCGCCGCAAGCACCUACCAAUGGCAGCAGCGAUGUCUCAGGCAAGCAGUCGGAGCCACAAGGCCUCCUGCCCGUGCCUGCUGGUAUUGCUGCUGCUGCCUCACCGCGUGCCGAGGGAAGCCCGCUCAAGCACGUGGCGCUGGCUUCGCCGACAAACAAGUUGCCUGUUGUCUCACCCAAGGUUGAGGAGGCUUCUCAGGGCACACCGGCAGGGCAAGAGGUCCAGCCCGAAGAGAGCGCAGAAACUGCGCAGGCAACAGAGCCGACUACUGUCACCGAAAGCGUAGAGGCUGGUCCUGCAAAGGAGCCAUCCACCGCUGCCGAGGAUCCAAAGUCUGCUCAAGAAACGGAACCACAGGCCAUCAAUGACACUGUAGUAACAGAGGCCACUAAGCAGGAGGAUUCUGCACUGCCAUCGACGACGGAGAUGGCGGUAGACUCCGUUCCUGCACCCGAUGUAACAAUGGAGGAUGCGCCAGCUUCCGAAGGAGAGGCCCCGGAACCACCCGCACAAGCAUCGGAUCCUGAGCCAAUGGAAAUCGAGGAGACAAAGGCACCUUCGCCCGAAGUUUCACAACAAGCGGUGCCAGACCUUAAGCCUUCUCCUGGGCCCGCAGAGCCAGCCUCAGAGAGCGUCGGUUUAGCAACUGAUGCUCAGGCUCCUGCCCCCCAGGUCAAGAGUCCAACACCGGAGGAAAAGCAACCUACACCGGAAGAACCAUCUGAUACCACCACCAAGGCCGAGCGGGCAAUCGAAACCCCAACAGUGAAGACGCCAGAAAAGACGCCGGAGCAGGCAGAGACCAAACCCGAGCUUCCAGACCUCAGAGAGCCCGUCGAUGCUCCAGUACCCACAGAAUCUCCCAAGGCGACUGGAGAUUCGGCCCCGCAACCCACAGAGGCCGCACCAGCCGUCCCCGAGGCCUCUCCACUACCUGCCCAGCCGCCCUCGCCGCCCUUGCCACCUACCAAAGUGGCAGAGGACGAGGACGAUGGCCCGGAUCUGUUCUCGGGGCUCGAGGCCCAGCUCAACGCCCAGGACGAGCAGAAUCGUGUCGCUUUGAAAACCGAAACUGUAGAACCUACGACCGUCCCGGAUGAACAGGCUUCAAAGCCGGCUGAAGAGCAGACAUCGGAUCCGGCUGACGACAAGACUGCUGACAAGAGCCCGUCCGAGUCCAAAGAUGUGCCCAAACCCACAGCCGAACCCGCAGCUGAGACGGCGGCCGAGACAGCGGCCGAGCCAGCAGUCGAGCCAGUAGUCGAGGAUGCGAAGCCUGUGCUACCUGAAGGAGCAUAGAGAAGGUUUGGGACUUGGGGAGAAGGUUGACUCAGCUUCCCCCCUUGAGUUAUUCAGCGUAGGCAUACGGAGGCGUUUAGGGAUAAUUUUGUAACUUUUGUUUUAUAACCGUGUAAAAUCGUGUUUUUUUUUUUCUUUUUGUUUUUUUUGGAUACUUUGCUAGUAAAUUACUUUUCUUAAACUUGAUUUGUGAUUUAUAUUUUUAUCCUUUUUUUUUUUCUCUUGGUCGGCUCUCGCCUUUUACCCUAUUCUUUUCGUAUUUGCCUCCGUUUGCUCGCUGUAUUGGUACGUUUUAACGUCUUGAGGAUGCACUAGCUCACAGUGAAGUGGCGCUGAUCCCAAGAUUUACCCAUGAUACGAUUGUUUUAUACCGGCCCGACUACGUAAGCAUAGCAAUCUCAUCAUAUGUGAAGCCAAACAAAUACAGCAGGUCUAGGAGACUCUCGCGGUUAAGUCUGGCAUCUGCCUCCAUCUGCACCCGCGGCUUGGCAUUCCACGCAACUCCCAGGCCGGCUGCCUCCAUCAUGAGCAGGUCGUUGGCUCCAUCGCCAACAGCCACGACUUGGUUAGGCGCGAUGCCUUCCUUGGCCGCAAUCUCGAGCAAGAGAUCCCGCUUGCGCUCUUUGCCGACAAUGAGGCCCUUGACCUCACCAGUGAGCUUGUCCUCACCAUCCACAACCACCUCAUUGGCGUGCGCGUGGUCGAUGCCCAAUUCCCCAGCCAGCCAUGAAGUAAGUGGCUGGAAGCCGCCACUGAGUACGGCAGUGCGAAUACCCAGGCGCUUGAGGGCCUUGACGAGCUGUCGCGCGCCAGGGGUGACAUCAAGAACAGGGCGCAAGUCGUUGAAGAGGGAGGCUGGUAGUCCCUUGAGCAGGGCGACACGCUCGCGGAAGGCCGCGUCGAAUUCGAGCUCGCCCAGCAUGGCGCGAUGGGUAAUGUCGGCCACUCGCUGAGCCAGGUCUGGAGGGUCCUUGAUGGUAGCUGCCAGCAGGUCAAUAACCUCCUGUGUGAUUAGGGUGCUGUCCAUAUCGAAGACUACGAGGCGCUUGUGACGACGGAAUGGCGACUCCAUCUGCAAAACGACGUCGACGCUCCAUUCCCGCUCGAAACGAUAGAUGAGUUCAUGCUUGCGCAGAUCUUUGAGAGCUAGGUAGCUUGGGGAGGGCGCGGGGUUCAGAAUCAACUCGACAACACAAGGGUGAGUAGCACUGUCCAUGCAGCGAUGGGCGCUGGUCGGGUCUGUUGAGCCUGAGGGGAUGGGGAACGUGGACAUGAGGUGGAGGAACGACGCGACACAUAGCGGGGAGACGUAGGAACCAUAGAGGCGGUCGAGGGAUUGGUCCUCGGCGGUAGGUGGUUCAAGGGGGAAGGCAUCCGGGUUGGUAGUCGGCGCCAGGUUUGGGGGAAUGUCGGUGUGCUCCUCGACGGCAAUAUUGGAGAUGUUGGGCGAAGGCACCUUUGGCGAGUGCACUGCACUCGGGGCGUGCGAGCGGGAAGGCUUGUACAUCAAGGUAGCGACCAGCCUGCUGGUGGUGGUGCCCGCCGGAGGAGCGCAGUUUGGAUGAGACAAGUCAUGGUUCAAGCCGCUCUCGACAACCUUGGGCGGGUGUUCAGCCGAGGGGAUACCAUUGAAGGUCGUCGCACCGGGAGCGGGUGAGACCGGUUUGGGCCGCGACGGCAGAACCGACUGUGCCUGGCCAUGGGCGGCUCCAUGAUCUUCAACGACGGUGUCGAUGCCGUAGUGCAUCUCGGGUUUUCCAGGUGGGCGGUACUGCUGGUGCUCCUGGAGGUAGGAGGAGCUCCGCAUGGCACCCAGCUGCGGCCGAGCCGGACCCGCUCGGAUCGAGGAUGCGACCGGAGCGGGAGCGGGAGUGCCCUUGUCCUCUUGCAUUUCUUUUUAUCGGCGCCUAAAGUUUUGCCGGCACUUUAGGGGGUGGAGGGGAAUGUGUGCGGGUGGAAGUUUAUUCCCGUAAAGUACAACUCUGACGCAGAAAGACGUUGCACUGGCACUGUCCAAGAGGCACUUCCUCGGCUCGGGUUUGUGCAGGCUUACGCUGACGGAUGGAUGGCGUAUGAUCGAUCUACGGAAUGGGCCAAGUACAGAAGAAUGAACAAGGGUGCAUGAAAUGAAACUCUAACACGACUCGAUUAAUCGAUGCUGUUGAGCCGCCUCACCAGCCUUUCUUUCAACCAUGCAUCAAUUGGAGGGGAGCCUGUUUACCAGUUUAUUGCAUGGAGGGGCUUAGUCGUCAGCCUUAGUGGGGCAGUAGGUAGCAACGAUGCGUAGUC